CUUCGCCGCGUGCGUGUGUAUCAACUACUAACAAAACAUUCCUCGCGUGCAGUGAGAUUGCACGAAAAAGUAACAACCUUAUUUGAAAAACAAAUGGGAUAGUGAAAACUAAACUCCAAACUCUGCUAAAAGUGUACGAUUGAGUGUUUAUUAAUAAAACAAAGUAUAUUAUUCGUAUUGACAAAGUUGUAGUGCAAGUUUACUUUACAAGUUUACAUUCCAUCCGAGUUUCGCACUUGGGGAAAGGCCCAGAAGCGUGACUAGCUGUGCUCAGUGAAGUUUCUCUAAAGUGCAAGUCGGAGGCCGUCGUAGGAAAUCGGCCCCGACAUGGAGAGCUACUUCGACAUCUCCAACGAUCUGAAGGAUGUCUGGGACGCGGACAUCGACCCGGAGAUGCAAGAUGUCUUAGACGAGGAUUCAGAAAUGAGCGACUGGCUCAUAGAACGCAACUCCAAGCUUGGCGUAAUCCUGCACGACAGAUUGAUGACAGACGCGGCCCUCGGCGCAGCCCCUAUCAAGACUGAGCACUCCUACAGUCUACACUCAGAUGUUGAAUCCGCACCAGCCUCGCCACACACUAAAGUUGACGACAUGGAAGACGAAUGCUAUCCAGCGAUACCAGCGAGCGCUUGGCGGAGCAGACGGCGGUCGAGUGAUUCCCCGCCGCCUCAGGUGAAGGCCGAGCCUAAAUCUGAACCAGAGUCGCCAGCCUCUUCCUGCCCGCCCUCACCGACCCCCGGCACGCCUGUCACACACGUCGACUACGUCAUUGACCACACGACUGGUACAAUUCACAUGCCACAAGCCGUGCUGCAGAAGGUGGGGGCAGCAGGGGUGCCGCAAUUGCUCCUGAGUGCGGCGCCGCGCAUCGCUAACAAGCUUACAAGCAACAAGCUCUCCAUCAAAGUCACAUCCUCAGGCACAUCAGCAGGGUUCAACCUGCCGCCCACGCCGCCAUCUUCCCUGUCAUCGUCGGACAGCGAGGGCGCGCUGUCACCAGCACACGAGGCAGCCACGCCCGCCGCGCCCGCACCCCCCUCGCGGCGCAAUCACCUCUACGUGUCGCACCACUCGCGGCAGCCCAUCAACACGCCGCUCAUUAGCAGCCAACCGAAAGGUUCAACGGGCACCCUCAUUUUAACAGAAGAGGAAAAACGCACAUUACUGGCCGAGGGCUACCCCGUGCCAACACGCCUUCCUCUCACCAAGGCCGAGGAAAAAUCUCUGAAGAAGAUCCGGAGGAAAAUUAAAAAUAAGAUAUCUGCACAAGAAAGCAGACGCAAGAAGAAGGAAUAUAUGGACCAAUUGGAAAGGAAAGUAGAAAUAUUAGUAUCAGAGAAUUCAGACUACAGGAAAAGGGUUGAGUCCCUAGAGCAGACGAAUGCAAACCUUUUGAGCCAACUAGCAGCUUUGCAGGCUCUGGUCACCAGGGGCGCUAGGAAGUGACGUGCCCAAGUGAAGCAGUUCGCUUGACGUCACUUCUCACUUGCACAGAGACUUAAAUCUGCAGGAUACAACCCAACGGGCAGACACUUUGACGUCACUCGGCCACUUUCUGCUAGCUUUGUUCAGGAUUGACAUAAAACCACAAACCAGUUUCUGGAAAGCUGAUCAAAUCAACGGUCCACUAAAAAGCUUUCAUAGUUUUCUGGCAAAUACUUUUGUUCUAUUGCAGAAACUUUAAUCAUUAUAGUAAAGCGUAAAAAAUUUAUGAGCGUUUAAUAUAUCCAAAUUAUGACUUAAGCAUUAAAUUUUGGCAUUAAUUUAAUAAAGUAAUCUAUUGUUCACGAAUAGCGUUAUGGCAACCCAGUUUAGAAGGAUUUAUAGUUUAAUUUUAUGAUUUGAUCAAUGAUUAGCGUUUCAGAAACUAGAAAAUGUAAAUUUUUUCAUUUAGUUUACCUUAGAACCGGCACUCUUUUGUAGUUUUACUCCAUUGAUAUCUUUGAAAGAGUUUCCUUUUCCAAAUUAAUUUAAAUCGUUUUUGGUACAGACUUUGUAUUUUUAGAAAUUUUAAAAUUUGUUCAUAAUCAUUUCUUGAAACGUAAAGUUAAUUGUUUACGACCCAACCUUCAGAAUAGACCUAAUUACAGUAUUAUAGCCGGUUCUAGGGGUCGGAAAACUGCAGAAAGUUAACUUAAACGGCUGUGAGAACUGAUUGUAAUGAACUCUCACAGUUCCUAUUUGUAUGUGAAGCAAACAGUGACAACGACGUUGUCCCCACAAUGGAGUUUAUAUUUUUGUCGAUUGUAUAUUUUGGAUGUAAUUUUACAUUUUAUCCCGAACCGUUGUGUAGGUAUCCAAAGGACUGUUAGUUUGAAUGGUUGCUCAUUGUAUUGUUAGUAAAUCGUUACUCUGUGGUGCUGGAUAUGAUAUGAUAUACCUGCAUUUUGGUUUUGGUAUACCAACGUUCGAGUGCCACAUUAGAUAUUUAUUUUAUACAACUCAGUGUCGAGUCCGUUCAUGUUCGGACGCUACUGGGUAUUAGAUAAAUGUCGCUAGGUAUUUACGCGUGUUGUUUGAAAUCUCGUAAUAUAUUUUUAAAUAUUGCCGAAUGGCAUAUUAAUUUAAGUUUUAAUUCGUGCGUGUUUUUAUUAAAAUGUGCAAUUAGAUUAAGGAAUUAUAAUUGUUACCUAACGCCUAGCGUCCUUUAACCGACCACUCUGAAACGUAUCGUCUUGCAAGAAUCUCCUUUACCAUUGAGCGAAUCUAGGGUAUUUUAGGUUUUUCUAUCAAAUUCACACCUUACCUUCGAAACCUAAGUUAAUAUAUUUAUGUAUUUAUGGUAAUCAACGAAAUAUAUUUUGUUACGUAAGAUUGGGUGCCUUUCAAACAAGAACUAUCAACGAGAAGUCGUAAAUUGCAAAUCAAAUCGUACACUUACAUCUGCACUUUUUGAAGUAAUUUUUAAACAGUUAUUGUAGGAAGAGUUGAAUUUUGAAGUCAUAUUUACAUUGUGUGGUUGUUAAUUCAGUGUCAGAAUCAGGAGUCUGUUUAAAAUAAGGUUAAAACUUAAUAUUUGGCCUCAAGGCUGCGUUGAUACGUGAUGCGUAUUGUGAUCAGGUAAACGCAAACAAACACACAAAUGCGUGCGUAAGUUGGAUGCCAUGGUUUGGUCUUGCAAACAGAUUUUGCGAUACGACGCGUUCCGAUGGCUUGUAUUGGACGCUUGGCUAAGCGUACGCAUCGCUGCUAUCGCGAGCGUUUCGCUUUCUUCAUAAUAAUUUUCUAGAGCUCUAUUGAUCACGCUACUGUUAUUGGCCUUAUAAUUUUAUAUUGAUUGUUGUGAUUUAAAAAGAAACAGUGGUUAAUAGGCAUGCGACGAAACUGUUAUGUUUCUUCCAUAUCGACUAUUUAGAGACCGAGAUGCCAACGUGUUUACCAUAUCAAUUCGAUAGGGUGUGGUUUCGGUGUGGUGUUGUCGGCCAUCUUUGUAGCAUAAUAAUAAUUAUUUAAGGCGAUCGCACUGCGCUGGUCUUAUCUGUUAAUAUUGAAUUCCAUGAAUUUGCAUUUAUAGCGAAAUGUGUAUCGUCCUAGAGAUUUUAUCGUGUAUUUAAGAUAACGUUUAGUUAUACGCAUCUAAUAACGGACCUAAUUAAACCGAUUUGUAUGAAAAAUGUUUUUCGGUAUGUCUCUAGUCUCUCGUAGAAACAGUCGGGGUCUCUUUGUGGAGACUACCGAAGUGAAAAGAUUAGCUGUAUCAACUUCAAGUUAACUGCGCUAUAGAAACGUGUUGCCUCACUUAUGAGCUUUUGUCUACAUCUUGCAUCUUCAAGUAUCAAAUCAAACUUUUCUGGUACACCGCACUUUAGCAGAACAUUGUAGCUCCCAUAUCCGUAAUAGUAUUUUUUUCAUGAAAUAUUAAAACAUUGUUGCACAGUCAUGUGACUUAUAUUCAUACCUUUAUGUAUCCAAUAAACCGGGAAUCCAUGGUUAUAAAAAACGUAUAAGUAUCUGUGUCGAUAACAAAGACGCGAGAAGAAAAGCGCCCAAGUGUUGGGUGCACUUUUAGACGAGUACAAAAUAAUGGCAUGCCUUCAUUGAAUGUAACGUAACCUACGCUAUACAACUAACUAUAAAAAUGACAAAUUUAUGUUAUCAUUGUUCAUUCUAAUCGCCUAACGUUGUUAUGAGUCCAUUACUUAAAUAGUUUAUGUAUAGAAUCUCGCCGAACAGUUUAUUUAGGGUCUUGCCAGCAUAUUACGCGAACUUUUUCGGUUUUGUGACAGCGGCCAUGUUUGUGAACUAACAUUCUUUUGUACUAAACAUUCCAUUUUAUUUUCUUUUAGCGAUGAGUGACUUAAAGUGAGCUCGUGUACUUAUAACUUAUCUAAAAUCUCUGUACAAAACCAUUACCUGUUAAUAUUGUAUUUGUGUCUCAUAGUUCUUACCGGCGCUCACAGACUGGAUGGAAUGCAAAGGAAUACUGAGGCAUGCUAAAAUUGUAUCUUGCAUGCCAAAGAGUUCCUUACAUGUUCUUAUAAAACCUUAGCUACGGAAUCAUUUUGUUAAGGUAAGGAAGUCUACCGUAGCAUGCCAAUACCUUUCGGUACUUGACUUGUUAAGAUAUCAACGAAAUAUGAAUGCUAAAUGCAUUUGAAUAAAAUUUUAAAUAUUUUCAAUCCUGCCCGUGAGCGCCUUGUUGUAUCGUAAAGCAUAAUCAUUUUAGCCUUUAAAAUAAUUUUCGCCGAAAUUUUUCCAAAAUUUAAUUUUUUUAUUAAAAACUUGUUAUUUCUUUAAUUUAAUUGUAUUUAUAUCUAGACUACAAUACCUUCUUAAAUCUUCUUUGUUUCUACUUAAGUUUGUGUUAAGAAUUUAUUUAUUUUAAUCAUCUUGAUUUAUUUUGGAAAAAUUUCUGCGACUUAAUGAUUAACGACCUUACUUAUAAACUUUCGAUAAUUUAAGUAAGUAAUUAGUUACUGUAUGAUUCUAGUAAUACGGUGACAACCAAUAAUAUCUUACUUCUUAUGAUCGUCUAUAUGUAAGACCGUAAAUGUUCGAAAUGUUUAUAUCGCAUUUGAUCGGCUUAUUAUAUUCGUGUUAGUAUUUAUAUACUAUGUGUGCAAUUAAUAUGUUCUCUUUUACAUUUUUAGAAGUUCUUCCUAUUUAGAUGUAAGAGAAUAAAAAAUAUAUUUAUAUUGUGCUAAAUAUAUAAAAUAUCGUUCCCGGCACGUGGUGGGAAUUUUUAAAAGAAUUUAUUGAGAUAUAUUUUAAGAGAUUUUUUCUAAUGAAAUUUUAGAAAUAUAUAUUAUAUUUAAACACUGUUUUAUGUGUCUGUCGCUAUACGAGUAAGGAAUGUAUGUUAGGUUAGCGUUAUAAGUUAGCGUAACUGGGAAGCCUGACAUCCUGUUCGUCGCCGAAUUGAAUCACAUUCUCUUGUACACAAAUAAAUUCGACCAUAGACAAACAUUGACCGAAAUCCAUCCUCACUAAAGUAGUUUCUUUUUUUAAAUCAAAAACUAGUUACAGUAAAUUUAACCUAACGAUUGGACCUAAUUUUGAAGUCUGAUUUCAUUCUUGUGCAGUUAGCGCUCGUAGCGCAACUUUGAUAAAAUAGUCAUCAGCAGUUAAAAGGAGAUAGGACUCUUAAUAGUUAGGCAUUAGGUCAAUUUUACUAAGCUAUAGUUUUUCGAUACUUGAGUAACAUUGCGCCACUGUAUGGCUAACAUUGCGCCAUGAGAUACUUACGUCUACCCAUUUGUAGUCCCAUCUAAGAGAUAUUGGAUGAGAAAAUAGUAGAUAUGAUUAUCUUGAAAGCCAAGCCUAAUAGUGAGAUCGCAGCCGAAGUGUGCAAAAUAAUAAUAUUCUCUAUGAGCGCCGUUUUCUUAGAGUUCGGUUAGAGGCGAUUCGAUUUGGCGAUAAAGGAUGGUAGGCAGAAAUUUGAAUCAUAGAAUCAGCAAAGCGUGCCUGCCUAUCGGUUAUUAAAUUACCAUAAUAUACUAAAUAUCGAUUUAUUGAACGUAGAACUAUGUACUGUGGUUUUAGAAAAUGCUGUAUAAAACUAUACAUAUAUUGAAGAAAGUAUUUAACUUUUAUAUUAAUGUAUAUUAAUUCCUAUUAUGGCAUUUACCGUCUACAAAAAAGAGUGAUUUAAUUGAAAGAAUAAAAACGACUUAUAUAAAAUUACUAAAGUUAAGAUAUGUUUAACUUAUCUAUGGUUUUGAUAUCGAUUUGUGUCCUUUUUAAUCGAUAUGAUCCAAUCAAUGAUAAUGAAAUGCCAACGUAUGUAUAUACACAAAUUUGAGAGCACCGCUUAUUGGGUGAUAAGCGUAGCAUCCAUUCGAGGUGGGAUCUUUUCAUUCAUCAUCAUCCGAACCAUUAUAGUAUAAUUCCUGCUGCAUUAUUUUAAAAUGUCAUAUGUAUAUGACAUAUCCUGACGACCUAUAAGGAUUAUAAUUCUGAAAGAAGAGCGUCAACAAUAUUAAAAUAUUACUUUUUUAAGCCAUUGGUAACAAGGUGAAUGUUUUGGACAAAAGGACAAUAUCUCGAAUGGAUGCUACAAACAUGUUGAUAGAGUCCCAUAGGCACUGUUAGGUCGUCGUUUUGUUAUUGAGGUGUAAUUUUAUUGAUAGUUUUAUGUUAUAAAACUAUUCACUGUUAACUUGAGUCAUGAUUUGUUGAAUCGUUUGUUUAUUUUUAUUUUCCAAUGACAUUGCGGAUUUUACUGUCACUCUUGAGCUAAUAAAGCGUCGGAUAUUGUACA